AUGGAUUUAGAAAAGAUUGAUGAAAGAGUGCAAGAGCUCAGGAAGAAUGGAAGCAGUCUAGAAGCCUUAGAGCUGAUAGAGCAAAGCUUACUCCCAACCGUGAGUGAACAAAACCAUUGGAAAAAUCCCUAUUUUUGGGUAAAAACCCACCCUCAGUGAGUGAACUAAAUUUUUUAUGAAAAAAUAUAUGUGAUAAUAUUAUAACGAAAUCUCUUGUUAGUUCUCUUCAUUUAAAACAACUUGCAUUUUAAAACAUAAAUUUUACAAAUUAAUAUGGGAUUUUUUAAAUUUCGAAAAAACAAAUUUUUUUUAUAAAAUUUAUAUAGAAAUUUUUUGAAAAAAAAAAACGCCCUGAACAAUUUUUUUUUCUUGAAGGAGGGAAGGAGGGGAAAGUUAGAAAUAAGAAAAGAGGUUUUUGGGCUUGAAAGUGAGGAGGUAAAAGCAUGCUAUCGUCAGUUAUGUGAAAUGUGCAAUCAAUUAGCCACUGAGUACUUGCAAAGAGAAGAUUUUCAUUUAGCUCUUGAUUUAUUAAAGAGAGCUGAAGCUUUGUGUGGGAAAGAUGAAGUGGCUACCCCCCCGCUUUAAAUUGGAACAAAAAUAGGUAAAAUUUCCAUUUUUUGAUGCUUAAAUUGAAAAUGUUUCCAUUCAAUUGGCCUAAUUUAAAAGAAAAAGUGCAAGUAAAAUAUUAUUUAAACAGUUUUAUAUAAUAUAUUUAAAAAAAUACCCCUAUAUAAAUGAAACCAGAUUUUUUUUUGCAAUUUAAAGAGAGGAGAGUAAGGUUAAAACACUAAAUAACCUAGCAUGCUAUUAUCGGCAGUCUGGCAAACUUCGAAUAGCUCAAAACUAUCUGCAAAAAGCCUUGGGAAUUCCUAAAAAUCUUGCUGUUACACAUCUUAAUAUGUGUGCUGUGCUUUCACAAAUGCUGAAGCACGAGGAAGCAUUAAGUCACGCCAUGGAAGCUGUGAUUAUUUUGCAAGAUGAGUUAAUCGGUGCUUUGCAAGCGCCUUCUAAAAACUUUGAAGAGCAAGCGCCAAUGUUAUCAAUUGCCUAUCACAAUAUGGGAGUAGAGUUGGAAUUCCUUAAAAGGACGCAAGAGGCUAUAACAAUUUAUAAAAAAGCUGAAAAAUUUGCCAAGGAUAACUUAUCUGAUGAUCAUCCACUAGCGAUAAAUGCGAGAAAAGAGCUAAAUGCAGCUAUCCAAAAGCAGAGAAUGUCGAAGUCAAGACAAGCAAGUAAGAAAAAUUUAAAAAUCGCAAAUAGGAAAGAUAUUAAAAUUAGCCCUGCUUAUCUGUCAGAAGAAGAUAUGAAAUUGAUAAACAGAGCUUGAAAAACAGUGGGGUCAAAUAAAUCUCAGAAAAAUCUCAAAAAUAUUGAAACUUAUUUUUAUUCAAAUAAAUUCAUAUAUUGCUAUUAGUAUCAGUACCUAUUUUAUAAUAUAAAAGCAUUCAAAAUUUUAAUCAUAAAAUCACAAAUUAAUUUUCGCAGAUAUAUAAGGAAUCUAGCUCAGAAAGUGAAACUGAAAUCCAAAAACCCAAAACAAGCUCAACAAUUAAGCAAGAAAGUGAUGAGGAAAUCGAAAAUAUUCCUUAUGAAGAAGGAGAAGAAGAAGUAGAGCAAGAGCAACAAGAACAAGAACAAGAGGAAGAAAUAGAAGCCAAAAAAAGUGAUCAAGAAUUCGAUGAAUUAAUGAAAUCAGAUAGCGAAAUUCAAAACGCUCCAGCAUUAGAAAUCACCAAAAAAGUAGAAAAUCCUGCAGACUCAAGUCCAAAAUCUAUUAGUAAAGCUAAUUACCAAAAAAGUGAUACAGAAUUCGACGAAUUAAUGAAAUCAGAUAGCGAAAUUCAAAACUCUCCAGAAAUCACCAAAAAAGUUGAAAAUCCUGCAGACCCAAUUCCAAAAUCUAUUAGUAAAGCUAAUUAUAAAGCAAUGUAA